AUGGAUCAAAAAUCUAAUUACCUUAAAAUUUGGGGAUUGCCUGAAGGAACUCCUGAGUAGGACGUGCUAUCAAAAAUUAAAUUGAUUGGAAAAGUGAUCUAAAGCAAAUAACAAAAUAAUGUAUGGUACAUAGUGUUUGAGGAUGAAGUCGAAAAUGAUAGUGUAUGAUAACAUUUCGAUUUGAUAGGUUGAGUUCUUAUCGAGCUCCUACACGUCAUUAUAAUAUGUAGUUGGUUCAGAAAUGAGUACAUAAGACAUUCAGAAAUUUUAAGCUGUAUUUCCCUAAAAUGGUGAAGAGGAACUCUAGAGAAAGAGACUCGAAUAAGAGAAGAUCCUGGAAAUAGCUAAAAAAUAAUAAGAAGAUUAAAGAUAGAAAUUGUUGCAAUAACAAUAGGAAUUUUUAAAAUAAUAGCAAGAGGAAUAAAGAAGAAAAUAAUAAAAGGAGAGAGAGGAAGCUUAACAAAGAGAAGAGGAGUUGAAAUCAAAAUUAUUAGCUGAACAAAGAUAACAAUUGGAGUAUCAAUAAAGAGUGGUAAAGAAUAGAUAUAUAUAUUUAUUAGUAAUAGUAAAAAGAAUAGGAAGAAAGAUAAUAAAAAUAAUAAUCGCUCUAAUAGUAAUAAUUAUUGGAAGAAUAGAAGAGAUUAGAAUAGUCAAGAGUUUAGUAAUCCUAACCAAAUUAGUAGUUCAAUUAACAAACAUUAGAUUUAUAAAAGGAAAAGCUUAAAGAAGAAUUAGCCCUUGAAUUCGCCAAAUCUCAAUUUUAACAAAAAUAAUAGACUGAAUAAAAAGAGUAGGAAUUUAAUAAGAAAAUCCAAAAUCUGAAGAGUAAACUUACAGAAACAGAAAAUCAAUUAUAGCAAUAAAAAGAUAAGUAUACAAAUUAAUAAGAGAAUUUAUCAAAGCAAUAAAAAGAAAUUUAGGAUUUGAAGACAUCAUUAAAUCAUGUCACACAAUAGAGGGACAAUGUUAUUGCAAAGUUUAAAGAAUUGCAAUCAAACUAAGGAAGCAGUAUCACUCAAGAGGAUGUGGCCUUCUUAGAACAGUAACAGUAAUAAUAGGAGCCGUCAUCACUCUAAAAUACGUUGUUUAAAUUUGAAUUUUGGGUCCUUUUGGUUGGAGUUUGGAUCUUAAGUUAAGUAAUUAAUUUCUUCACCUGAUCCUAAAAUGAUAUAUGAUUUAUCAAAUAUUAAGUAUUUAUUAA